AUGAACAGCCCAUCCGUCCUACACACACCAGGCUUUGCCCACUAUGCCUUGGCCUGGUCGCCAUUCCACACGACCCGGCUAGCUCUAGCAUCGUCAGCAAAUUUCGGAUUAGUCGGGAAUGGGCGACUGCAUCUUGUUUCUGCCAAUCCCGGUCCUGGUGGCUUGCCGAGCGUCAGUUACGAAACGCAGGACGGUCUUUACGACGUCGCUUGGUCUGAAGUUCACGAGAACCAACUAGUAACGGCUUCUGGAGAUGGCUCAUUACGAUUGUGGGAUGUGAUGCUCAAUGACUUGCCAAUUCGUGCAUGGCAAGAGCACACACAAGAGGUUUUUUCUGUCGAUUGGUCAAAUAUUAAAAAAGACACAUUCGCUUCAUCAUCUUGGGAUGGAACGAUAAAACUUUGGAUGCCCGACCGUCCACGUUCCAUUACGACUGUGCAAGCGCAUCACUCAUGCGUUUAUCAAGCCCUCUUCUCCCCUCACCAGCCAGAUAUCCUAGCUUCGUGUUCCACCGACGGGACUCUGAAGUUGUUUGACCUUCGCACUCCUUCAUACCUAACUACUGGUCCAAAUACAAACACAUUUGUCAAUCCACUUUCCGCCGCGGCUCUUACGAUUCCUGCGUCAGGCACGGAAAUCCUCUCCCUAGACUGGAACAAAUAUCGGCCAAUGGUUUUAGCCAGCGCAGGUGUUGACAAACUUGUAAAAGUCUGGGACUGUCGUAUGGUCAAACUCGGCGAAACACCUCAGACGCAGCUGCCUGGCCAUGAAUACGCCGUCAGGAAGGUGCAAUGGAGCCCCCAUCGUGCAGAUGUUCUUGCAACCGCAAGUUACGACAUGACUUGUCGAGUUUGGACAACAACCCCAGCGCCAGGGCGCGGCCAACUCCUGUAUAUCCAUGACCCUCACACGGAAUUUGUGGUCGGCUGUGCUUGGUCCAUCUUUGAAGAAGGCAUUCUAGCAAGUUGUGGAUGGGAUAGUAGAUUGAACGUGUUCCGAGUGUAAAGUUAGUGAGAUAUUAUGUUUCCCG